CAGUGGGCGGCACACCCCAAAAGGUUUACAGUAAACAUCUCAAACACUUGCACAGAGCCCUCAUCAACAGCGAUGGCACACGGCACAAUGUCAUCGUCUCCUGGAGCACAAAAUGACUCGUCAUCCCGCUUACCACUGACUAGAGGUUCGGUGUGUUUUUUGCGCCGAGGCCACCUGGCUUGAUCGGGUGAUUUCAGAAAUGGGGAAACGCCUGAUCCAAGUACUCGGCUUCUUGAUCUCCUCGCUGGGAUGGGUCUUUGUGCUGUGCACCAUGGCCAUGGACUUUUGGAGGACCAGCCAACUAGGAGGACAAGGAGGGUCCUUUAUCAUCAAAGUGGCGUGGUACUGGUCCAAUUUAUGGAAGGAUUGCUACACCGAUUCCACGGCCGUCACCAACUGUAGAGACUUCCCCGUGCUUUGGAGUGUCAAGCCUUUUGUGCAGGCGGUACGAGGAUUGCUAAUGUGCGGGUUAACUCUCGGUUUCGUUGCUGUUAUCCUCUGCUUUGUUGGGAUGGAGUGCACUUACAUCGGUGGCGCUCAGAAAAUCAAGGACAAACUGCUUCUCGCCGGCGCGCUGUUUCACAUUGCUGGAUGUGUGUCGGAUGUUUCGGCCUACUGCUUAUACAUCAACAGGGUGGCCAGAACAGCCUUUGCUGGGAGGGUAGGGCCAGGAGUAUUACGCUAUGAUCUAGGACCUCCCAUAUUUCUAGGAUUGGUGGGAUGUUUUUUAAUCCUUUUAGGGGGUAUUUUUUACGCCGUGACCGUCUACCGUGUCAUUUUUCCUAAAAGUAAAGUGGUUUAUGCCUAUGGAGGAGGCACGUACAUGGCCCCGCGCUCCAGAGGAAGAACCAUGUACAGCGGCUACUACAGACCCUCCCGGCAGAAUGGACCUUACAGGGGAUCACAACUAUCAAAAAGCUCCAGGAUCUCAGGGCUCUCUCAGACGACACGCACCAACAUCUCAGAAAGAGACGCAUUUGUGUAGCGCAUAGAAUGAAAAAGCUCUACUUUCUCAUCAGAGCAUUAUCGACAAAUGUAUUUUGCUGUUAUACUCCUGUGGCUUUAAUGAUGUUGUCAAGUUUGUGGAAAAAGGUUUGUUUUUUUAUGUCUGCUUGUUGCUGUUGUUUUGCAGCUAACAUGUUUAAUAAUAAUAAAAAUAUGAUAAUGAAUGGC